AGUGUGCCGCGGAAGUGCGACUUUGCGACAACGCAAAAGUUUUCCUGCGUUGUUCGGGAAAGUUUUUGGACAGAAUAAAAAUUGGUAUUGAAACGAUCGGCGCGGACGGCGAGACGGGAGAGAGCGACGAAAGGAUGUAGGAGAGACGGAAGCGAAUACGGUGAAUCGCGCGGAUGCUGUGCAAGUGUAAUGCACAGUCAAUUCCGCUUGAUAGUAACCAAUCAGACGGUACAGAUCUAUGCGCUUCUCUCCCCCGAUCUCUCUCUCCUGCGGCGUGCCAGAGAUAUCCAAUUGAAAUAGUUGCGUUCUGCCGCGCGCCGCGUCUUCGCGCUAAUAUACACGUCGGCGUGUUAUCGCUCGCACGUCCGUGUAACUACGGUGCUUAUUGACUAGCAAUAAUAAUUCGGCGGAAGUGAUCCAGAAAGUAAAGCUCCGUCAACAUGAACAGCAAGAGUGCAUUACUGGUGCAACGCUGGAUGCUCCAGCCGCGCGUGUUGCUCGCUCUCAUUUUGCUGCAAUUUAUCAUUCAGUUUUUCACGUCUGCCUAUCUGUAUAAGUACGUCACGAACGUGGAGAGUGAUCUUCGCCGGGUAAAAAGCCAGUACCCGCCGGAGACCGUGGCAAUCCCGCGGCGAAGACGCAGCAGCGCGCUGCCGACCGCCGAGGACAACGCCGUUUCGGAUUUAUCCAGUCGGAUCCGAGAUGACAAGGAGAUACAGGGUACAAAGAAGGUAACAGCCUCCCCGAUGGUAUCCGGCUCCGCGUCCUCGCCAACGGUGGCCGGAGGUCAGGAUUGGGUCUGGUUGAACGCCGACACACGAAUACAAUUCGACGCGAUCGAGAGUUUUUGCCGUUCGUCUGCGAAGUAUUGUCCACCGGGACUUCCCGGUGCACCCGGAGAUCCGGGCCCGCCAGGUGAACCGGGUUUGCCGGGUAUCCAGGGAAUCGAGGGCCCGAUAGGACCUCCGGGAGCGCCGGGUUAUCCCGGUCUCAAAGGGCCUAAGGGCGACAUCGGGCCACCGGGCUUCGACGGGAGGGAUGGGGUGCCGGGUGAGCCCGGUUUGGACGGCAUUCCUGGUAGAAGUGGUCUGGACGGCGUACCCGGGAUUAACGGUAAACCGGGUAUGGACGGAUCACCUGGAUUGCCUGGAAGAAACGGGACGGACGGAAGACCAGGGCAAAAGGGGCUUCAAGGGCCACCGGGACCUCGCGGAGACAUAGGUCCGCCCGGUCAUACAGGAGCGUCGGGAAAAGACGGCAAGCCGGGCAUACAGGCGUACAAGGUAAACUUGAACGAUCACAAGAAUAUGGAUGACAUAUUAAUACCACCAUCCAUUGUAGAUAUCAUACCGCCGUUAAACUCAAGCGGCGUAAUUUCCGUGCAAGAAGGCAGUAAAAUACGGCUGAGAUGCGUCGCAAGUGGAAAACCAGAGCCCGUUAUACAAUGGAUGAAAGACGGUUCCCCGAUAACCAUGGGCUCAUGGCAAGAAACCUCUAUUGCGGGCCAUACGCUCAGCAUCAACGUGGUAAACCGGGAGCACAUGGGCGAGUAUGUGUGCAACGCUAAUAACGGAAUACCUCCGCCACAGUCCAAGAAGUUUAAGCUUCUGGUCAAAUUUCCGCCGUUCAUUCGUAUACGCAAAGAAGCGAUAGCCGUGCAAAACCAAAAUUUUGCGGUAUUGGAAUGCGAGGUGGAAGGCUUUCCCGAGCCGACCGUACACUGGGAACGCACUGACGGCCGUCGUGUGAGAACGUUAUUCUUGACGGAUAAGUACAGAACGGAGGUUAUCGACAAGCGCGAUAAUUAUAAGCUAAAGAUGAAGCUGAAGAUCAUGAGGGUGACUUCAUCGGACCAUGGGACUUACUACUGCGUGGCAAAAAACGAGUUUGACACUGUCAAGGGAGUCUUUAAAGUAGACGACGACUUAAAGGACAACGAUAAACACAAGUCAGGAAAGGAGGAGUACGUAACAUACGGCCAUCCCAUGCCCAGGAGCGUCGAUCAGGAGCAAGAAUCGUGCAUUUCUCCACAAGAAAUCUGCACUUCGUGCGCGAAGUGCACGUACACAGACAUAAAGGGCGUGCACGCUCAGCCGUUGAGCGUUAUUAAUAAUUUGGGGCUGCCGCGGCGGUUAGCCGCGACUUUUAUAGAGGCUAUAGGAAAACCCGUGCUGAAAGGGUACAUGGACGAUCCGUACGGAAGUUGGAUGUGCGAUACAUUCAGUAACAAUUACUCCGACAAACUUUGGGUCACUCGUCACAGCAACAUGACCGUCGUCUAUGAAUACCAAUCGCAGGAGCACUUCACGAAGAACUCGAUUCCCAUCAAGCAUUUUUUAGAACGUGCUUUCCAGGGUAAUAGACACGUGAUUUACGCAAAUUCAUUUUUCUAUAAUCCCGUUAAUUCGUCGUCGGUCCUUCGAUACGAUCUUUACACGCCGUUGGAUCACCGAAGUUGCAAGGGGUUCUUCGAGUGCGAAAUGGACCUCCCGUGCUUGGAGGUCAAAGGCCAGAACUAUCUCUACGCGGGCAAUUUCACCUAUACGGAUUUCAACGUAGACGAAAACGGUCUGUGGGUCAUUUAUCCAUUAGACGCUAAUGCGCCUAAUUGCGGUAGAAAUACUAAAAAUACGGUAGUGGUGAAAAUGGAUCCCACCAAAAUGACCAUUCAGCACGCAUGGAACAUCAGUAUCGAUCACCGUCAAUUCGGAGAUAUGUUUAUCGCGGGAGGCGUGCUUUACGCUAUAAGCGUCACGGACGAUAUCAUGGAGAUAGGGUUCGCCUUCGAUCUCUACAAAAAUAAAACGCUGAAUGUAAACUUGUCGUUCACGAAUCCGUACCACAAGACUACGGCAGUCAGUUAUAAUAAUAAGUCUAAGGAGCUCUACACGUGGAACAAGGGCAACCGAUUGGCCUAUCCUGUAAAAUGGCAGAAUAUGACCGAGCCACGAAAUACGCACCCACCACGAAGAAACACGCGUAGGAGCGCCGCUAAUCGCCGCGAGAACGUUAAUUAAGCAAGUUUGACGUGUAACGAGUUUUCUCCUUUCGAGUCUUCUCGAGCGCGUAUUUAUCUUGUAACGCUUGCCAAAAAUAAACAGUUUGAACAAGAUUAA